UUUAUAAUCUAACGCUAACUGAUCAUCUUAUCAUUUAGUAGUGAUAAAAAUCUUGUCAUUUUACAGCUUAGGGUUGUGCCUUUGGGGAAGACCACCCUAAGCUGUAACUUAAGGUCACAACAAGUGUAAAUUGGUUGCUAAAGAUAAAGCACAUUUUCAGCUUAAUUUUUGUUUAUUUUUCUCUUCCCAAUUCCAGCUUUAUCUUCAGGUCUAGGUGAAAUAGCCAGAGCAACUGCAUUAGUCGCAGGUUGUGAAGAGAACAAUAUCUUUUCACGACUAUUGUAUAAAGUUGCAGAAGCACAAAAGGAGACUGAAGAGUUACAACUUCAAGAGGCUGAAAGUGAUUAUGGAACGUUAUACGAACUGAUAAAAGAUUAUAUUAUCCUUUUAGAUGUGGUCAAGCAAAUAUUUUGGGAGCGAUUGAAAACAGUUCAUUUGAUUAAAUUAGACGAACAAAAAUUGAUAGAUAAGGUAAAGAGGAUGCACAAAGAGACUGAUUACUACAAGCAAGAGUGCUUAAGAGAUAUCAUUUUACAGUUAGAAUCGAAAAUAUACAACAAAAAACAAUCCUUAACCACAUUAUCCAAAGUAAUCCGUGAAGAAUUCGAGCACUUUGAACAAACAAGAUUAGGAGAAUUCGAAUCCGUGAUUAAUAAAAGACUGGAAUCAUUUGUGGGAACUCAUCAACAGAUGAUUAACUAUUGGAAAGCAUUGCUACCAGAGGAACAGGGAAUUGAUUAAGAUUUUUUUUUCUACUCC